UCUAUGUGUUUUACUACUAUGUAAAUACAGCUACAGAAGCACUAACAAUGUUUGCUGCUCUUCAUAAUUUGCUUAAAGCAGCAGUAGAUGAAUUCAUACAAAAUAAAACUGUACAUCUGGAUCUUUUCCUGCGGUUCCUGCUGGGCGUCUCACUGGAGUCCAAUCAGAGACUCUUACAGGAUCUACUGACACACACCGAGAACACCUCACAAACCAUCAGAGAAACAACACAGUACAUUAAAGAUAACAUUAAACAGGAUCAUAUCUCCACAGAAAGGUCCAUCAAUCUGUUCUUGUGUCUUCUUGAAGUGAAUGAUCAGACUCUGUAUAGAGAGAUUGAGGAGUUUGUGAGAUCAAACAAACACUCAGAGAAGAAACUCUCUGCUGCUCACUGUUCAGCAAUAGCCUACAUGCUUCAGAUGUCAGAGGUGAUGGAUGAGUUUGAUCUGAAGAAAUACAACACAACACAGGAGGGUAGAAGAAGACUCAUACCAGCUGUCAACAACUGUAGAAAGGCUCUACUUGCUGAUUGUAAUCUCACAGUUGAGUCCUGUAAAGUCAUCGCUUCAGCUCUUCAAUCCCCAAAGUCUCUUCUGAGAGAGCUGGAUGUGAGUAACAAUGAUCUGCAGGAUUCAGGAGUGAAGCUGAUCUCUGAUGCGCUCAAGAACCCAAACUGUCAACUAGAGAUACUGAGGUUAUCAGGCUGUAUGGUGACAGAUGAGGGAUGUUGUUAUUUGGCUUCAGCUAUGAGUUCAAACCCGUCACACCUUAGAGAGCUGGACCUGAGCUACAAUCACCAAGAACACUCUGCAUUUCAGCUGCGCUCUUAUCAAAAUGAUCCAGACUAUGCACUGAAGAUCCUCAAUCUGGACCACAAUGGACACUUCAGAAUCAUACCAGGACUACAAAAAUAUGCCUGUACUCUUACGCUAGAUCCAAACACAGUGAACACGCACCUCAUACUGUCUGAGAACAACAGAAAGGUGACACGUGUGGAAGAACAGCAGUUGUAUCCUGAUCAUCCAGAAAGAUUUGAUAAUGUUCCUCAGGUUCUGUGUCGAGAGAGUCUGACUGGACGCUGUUACUGGGAGGCUGAAUGGAGCAGCUGGGGACAUAUAGCACUGGUAUACAGAGGAAUCAACAGAAAAAGAAGAAGUGACUCUUGGUUUGGACUUAAUGAACAUUACUGGAAUCUUUACUGGAAUAGCAGCCACAACAGUUAUAGUGUCUGGCACAAUAAUAAGAAAACAGACAUAUCUGCUCCUUCACCUCCAUCUAAUAGAGUAGGAGUGUAUGUGGAUGUGUCGGUCGGCACUCUGUCCUUCUACAGUGUCUCUGACACACACACACUCACACACUUACACACACUCAACACCACAUUCACUGAACCCCUUUAUGCUGGAUUUAAAGUGUAUUCCAACUCCUCAGUGUCUCUGUUGGAAUAAGCAACAAACACACAUUCAACAGCAUAUAAACUGAACCCCCUUUAUGCUGGAUUCUACAGUUGUACAGUUGAAAUUGUACAACUUUCUGCAAAAAGACUCACAUUUAUAAACCCACCUUGUCCACACACACAACUGUAAAUUCAAACACACAGCUGCCUCAAUCUAAAACUUCUGAGCACUGAGAAAAAAGUUUAAAGAGUAAUUUAAUGUUGGGGUGAAGAACCCAAAUGAGACAUUUGGUAUUCUCCCGGGACCCACAUGAACAAAAUCAAGCAAUAUGCUGUAUUUACUCUAUUCAUGAAUUUCUCAUAAGUAAACACUUAUAUCACAUCUUUUAAAUAAGCUUUUAAACAUGUCCAUAGACACACGCCCUCUCAAAUUAAAGAUAUGCUAAAAACAAUCACAGAAAUUCAAAUGAAUUAAAUAGAAAUUCUAAUGACUAUUCUUACAAUACCAUUAAUAACCAUCAGCUGUUUAUAUUUAAAACCUUUACAAAAUGUCAUCAUGUAGUGUGUUUUGGGUCUUAUUCAAGCCAAUAUACCAGUGGAUACCCACAGUGUCACGAAUUCGGUUCAUGGACUUCCGUUUAUUCACCAC